UCACCGCGGUGCUCGCGCGCCGCUCCCCGCCCUCGGCGCGCGCCCUGCCCGCGCCCCGUCCCCGCCGCCCGCUCCGCUCCGCGCCGGCGGGUUCCUGCUUCCGUCUCCUCCCCGCCGAGCGCCCCCGCCCUCCACGCCGCUCCCCCCGCCCGCCCCGCCGACUCCCCACGCCCGGCACCCUCGGCAGCGGCAAAGCGGGCUUCGCCAGCGGCGCCGGCACUCGGAUUCAGUGAGUUCUCUGCCAGCUACUUGAAACUGUAGAGCCAGCACUAAAAUAUGCAAGUGACUUCACUAAAAAGCUGGUCUGUGUGCUUCAGAAAUUGCUUGUACUGGAGAACAGAACUACCUAUGCUUCAAAAUGGAAGUGAGGAAGAAGAGUCCCCAAAAGUAUUAAUUUGAAUAAAAAUUAUUGUUCUUAAUUACUAAUUUCACUGACUACUGGAAUAGUGGAAUUGCAUGUUAACCUCCAACCUCCAUGAUGCAGUUGUGUUUAUUUCCUGCUCUUGUGGAGAGGAAUAUAAAUGAAGAAUGACGCAAUAUUAAUGAUUUCUAUGUACAGCCUUAUAAGAAUCUUCUUUAAGGAGUUGCAGUAAGAUAAACACUGAAAAUAAUUUUUCUCUGGUACAAUGUGGUGAAGCAGAGGAAUUGAAAUUGUCCACCUUUGUACAAGCUAAGGACUUAAAAUGUUUGUUAUUUUGUGAGCAGAAGCAGUUCUGGAGUGAAUUGAACUUCUGAAAAUGCGGCCAUGGACUGGUUCCUGGCGUUGGAUUAUGCUUAUCCUCUUUGCUUGGGGAACUUUACUCUUUUAUAUUGGUGGACACCUGGUACGAGACAGUGAGCACCCAGAUCACUCUAGUCGUGAGUUAUCCAAGAUCCUCGCUAAACUUGAACGCUUAAAGCAGCAAAAUGAAGACUUAAGGCGGAUGGCAGAAUCUCUCAGGAUACCAGAUGGUCCCAUUGAUCAGGGACCAGCUGCAGGAAAGGUACAUGCUUUAGAGGAGCAACUUCUAAAGGCCAAAGAACAAAUAGAAAACUAUAAGAAGCGGACAGGAGAUGAAGGCCUUGGAAAAGACCAUGAAAUACUGAGGAGGAGAAUUGAAAAUGGGGCUAAGGAACUUUGGUUUUUCCUCCAGAGUGAACUGAAGAAAUUGAAAAAUCUAGAAGGAAAUGAACUGCAAACACGCAUUGAUGAAUUUCUGUCUGAUUUGGGUCAUCAGGAAAGGUCAAUAAUGACCGACUUGUACUACCUCAGUCAAACAGAUGGAGCAGGAGAUUGGCGAGAAAAAGAGGCCAAAGAUCUAACAGAUUUGGUACAGAGGAGAAUAACUUAUUUACAGAACCCGAAGGAUUGCAGCAAAGCUAAGAAACUUGUGUGUAAUAUCAACAAAGGCUGUGGCUAUGGUUGUCAACUUCAUCAUGUAGUUUACUGCUUCAUGAUCGCUUACGGCACUCAGCGAACGCUUAUUUUGGAGUCCCAGAAUUGGCGCUAUGCUACCGGUGGCUGGGAGACUGUAUUUAGGCCCGUGAGCGAGACAUGUACUGACAGAUCAGGUUCCACCACUGGACACUGGUCAGGUGAGGCUAAUGAUAAGGAUGUUCAGGUGGUGGAACUUCCCAUUGUUGACAGCUUACACCCACGGCCACCUUAUUUACCCUUGGCUGUCCCUGAAGACUUGGCUGAUAGACUAAUUCGUGUACAUGGGGAUCCUGCAGUGUGGUGGGUUUCACAGUUUGUGAAAUACUUGAUUCGUCCACAGCCUUGGCUAGAAAAAGAAAUAGAGGAAGCCACAAGGAAACUUGGUUUCAAACAUCCAGUGAUCGGUGUUCACGUUCGAAGGACAGACAAAGUAGGAACAGAGGCAGCCUUUCAUCCGAUUGAAGAAUACAUGGUACAUGUUGAAGAGCGGUUUGAACUUCUCGCUCGCAGAAUGCAAGUUGAUAAAAAGAGAGUGUAUUUGGCUACAGAUGACCCUUCCUUGUUGCAAGAGGCAAAGUCUAAGUAUCCAAAUUAUGAAUUUAUCAGUGAUAACUCCAUAUCCUGGUCAGCAGGACUUCAUAACCGAUACACUGAAAACUCCCUUAGAGGUGUUAUUUUGGAUAUUCACUUUUUGUCUCAGGCAGACUUCCUGGUCUGUACGUUUUCGUCCCAGGUUUGUCGAGUUGCCUAUGAAAUUAUGCAGACGUUGCAUCCAGAUGCUUCAGCAUAUUUCCAUUCUUUGGAUGAUAUCUACUACUUUGGGGGACAGAAUGCUCACAACCAGAUUGCUAUUUAUGCUCAUCAUCCACGAACUGCUGAUGAAAUUCCCAUGGAACCUGGAGAUAUAAUUGGAGUAGCUGGAAAUCACUGGGAUGGUUAUUCAAAAGGCAUCAAUAGGAAAUUAGGAAGAACAGGCCUGUACCCAUCCUAUAAAGUUAAGGAGAAAAUUGAGACAGUCAAGUAUCCUACAUAUCCAGAGGCUGACAAGUAGAUUAAAAGGAAGACAUUCAGCAGUAAUUCUCAAUUUUGAUUGGUUCAAACCAGCCAACAACACACUAACUAAUGGUUUAUAUGGGAUUUGAAUUUGCAUUUUAACAUGGAGUUAAAAUCAAAGCCUUUGCAAUGAAACUGGAUAAGAAGCUGAGAACAAACGGAUGGGCUAUUAUCUGAACUUACUCUUAAACAUUUUUGUUAUAUGCACUCUCACACAUGCACACACAAACCCACAUAUAACAGGAAAACUGUUGUUUUAUACUUUUUGUCUCUUUUCAGGAUUUAUCCCAGUCAUUAGUCUUACGUGAGCUUUAGGCUCUUCUCUCUGCCAUUAAUUUACAAUAAUGUUCAGACUUAUAACACUGCCACAUUGUGUAAUAUGAGUGACAUGAACAUAUUUUGUAUGUGCAAAAUUUAAAACAUGGUGCCUAUAUUUGAAAAGUUUGUGACCUUUUUAGAAGAGCCAUGCCUAUUUCACAAUGGGCAAGUGUCAACUUUCAUCUGAUGUUACCGUGACCACUGAACUUGCUUCAAACAAGAUUCAGAUUUCAGACUAGAUUUCUUUACAAGUUUGGGGGUUUUUUUUAGCAAUCCAUUGAUUACUUCUCAUCAUUAAUAAAAUAAAGGAUAAAUUCGACAAUAAAAUAGUCACUGUCUGUUAGGAACUUUUGUAAACAAUGCCAUGAACAGAUUCUUUAAUAGUGAUAAUUUUUCUGGACAUUGCUUUUGAUUGAGAAAAAAACCCAAAAACAACAACCCACAAAACCCACAAAAAAGGGAAAAAGUAGCUGGAGUUUCAUUGAAUUUUAAAACACCGUGUAGUACAACAGUUGUGUAGUGGCACAGUGCUGCUCAGUUUUGUGGACAGUAGGUAACAGCAGAAUGACUUCAGUGACUAAAUUUCUUACAUUUACUCUCUAGCACUAUUUUUUUACCUUCUGUGUUUCUUGUCUGAAAUUAAUUCAGGUUUUAGAGUAUUAUAGGUGGCCUCUUAUCUUUUUGGCAUUGAGUGGAGUUACUUUGAAGUAAAAUACUUCAGGUUAUCCCAUUUAUAGAACCCGUCAAUCUGGACUACUUUAAAAAAAUCUAACAAUUUACCCCCAAAUAGUAGGUUUGAGAAAAAUAUACACAAGGAUGAAUUUUUAUGCAUGUCAUGAGGUUGUUAGUAAUUCUUAGUGUUUUGAAAUCUUUUGCUAGUCAGCUCUCUAUUAAGAAAAGAGAAAUCACAAAAUAAUUUUGCAAACAAAUUCGUAGAUUUGGCGGUUGUAUAUAUAUAUAUAUACAUAAACAAAUAUAUAUAUAUAUGAAAUAUGCAAGAUAACAAGAGAUUGUUUCCAAAUAAGAAGAACAUUAAUAACGUUUUAUAUAGGCUCUAGUGCAAUUCAGUCUGAAUUACUGGAAGUGCAGAAAAUGUUUACUGUUCAGGGACUGAGAAAAUGCCACGUGAGUAAAGAUUAAAAAAGCAUAGUUGGUUGGCCUUAACAAAGCAAAAGUAUAUUUAAUUAUAUUUAUGAAUAGAUGAAGGAUAGCAUAAACAUAAUGAAUGGAGGCACUUGACCAUGAAUAAAUGUUAGGCUGAAAAAUAAAAGGAAAUCUCUGGCAGUGUGAAGUUCAGCAGCAGGCUUCCAAUUGAAAUAGUGGUGAAACGGAACUGUAUUGGAAUGUGAAGGAAUUACAAAGUGGUACUCUGACAUUACUUGCAGGACUGAUCCUAUAGAUCCGUUCCAGUAACGUGUUCCUUAACUGGAGAACUGGUUUGUGUCUUGAAAAAGAGUAACAAAAUCUAAGCUGAAAACUUCUGUUGGAAAAAAGAUACAUUGAUCGUAGUAUUAAAUAGACAUAUCAGUGAAAAUGAGCAUAGAUGCCACAUGAGAUUUAAAGACUAAUUGAAGCAUAAUGGCAAAUGAGUAGGAGUGACCAAGAAAUGCUAAAGAUGAUGAAUUUUUGUGAUGAAAGAUGCCUAGGGUUAACUGGUGUUUCUGUAUCUUGGAACUAGAAGUGGCUUGAUGUUAUUUUCCUGUCUAAGUGAUUCUGAUAAAUUUUCCACUAACUUAGGCAAACAUGAUAUUUCAGAGGUACAAAGGUAGGGUAAAUUAUAAUUUUUUUUAAUUUUAUUUUGAAUUGUACAGAUAAAGCUAUUGCUGCUUUCUUUUUCAAUUUGAAAAAAAAUAAUCCAAACUGAUGCACAUUUCUUCCUCAACAAUUAAAUCAAUUCAUUUUAUCUUUGGGAAAACUAAUUUAAUUGUUUCUCCACAAAUACUACCUUAUCUGUUUGAUAUUUAUAGAUUUUGAAAAUGUUUUAUUUUUUAAGCUCUUUACUUAUGACUUCAGAGCUCAUAAUUUCUUGCUCAUUUUUAGAGUGUGAUUCACAAAUAAGAUUCAUAAAUAAAUGAACAUAUGAAAAUUCCUCCAGAGUCAGGUAACUCAGUUGAAAAUACUACUAAAGAAGAUAAAUAACAGAACAUCUAGGAUGAGCCCAAAGGCAAGAGCAGAUCUUCUGAGAUGGAUGGCAACGAGAGAACUGAAAACGCUGAUGUUAUAAAAUAUGUACCUAUACAGUGUGGCAAUUCCUCUGCAGACUAUAUCUGACAAAGUACUGGCAAGGUACACAUGCCUCCUUACAUAUUCUGAGUACCUAAGGAAUAAUUAGGUCAUCAUCUUUGAGAAAAUGAUCAUGAAAUGAUACAAAAUUAUAGAGUUACUGUUAAUAAUUCAGAAAUGUACUAAUGUAGAUGCUAUGAUCUUAUUCCCCUGGGUCUUAUGAUCCUCUAGUACUUCUCGGAGGAAGAAAUCUAGCAGUACGCUGCUUGCUAGAUGCAUCUGUUUCUAGAGAUUUCUUUCAGUUAAGACUACCAGUUAAUUAUGUCUUGGAAUCCUGGACAUUGGUACGCUAAAACUGAAUUUGUUUUAUAUUAAACAAAAUGAAUAUUUGAGACUUUAUUCUUGGUUACAAUGGAGUCCAGGUAACAUGUAACAUCCAUGGGUAAGUGGAAGAGAGAACCCCAGAUUUUUUAUUGUAGCUCACAGAAAAGUAAAAUAACAGGAAAUAAAAAUGUUGUCUUUAAUUCCUGAAAGAAAGCUGAAUCUUUUGAAAGUUGUGAACUCAUUAAGAUACUAGCUGGAAUACUUGCAAGGAAGCAAGUGUACAUCAUGUUUCUUCUGUUCACCUUGUAGCUGUGCAACAGUCCAGUCAUGUAAUUUUUGCCUCAUACCGAACCACCUUCUCAGACAUCCAUAAAACAAAGAGCUUUCAUACUCUCUUAACUACUGUUUAAUUAAACUUUCCUCUUUAAGAAACA